AUGGCGGGCGCGAGCAGGGACGUGCGGAAGGUCUUCAUCUUCACCACGACGCAGAAUUACUUCGGGCUGGUGUCGGAGCCCUGCGGCCAGCCGCUCGUGUGCAGCGGCCCCGAGAUCAACAACUUCCUGGACGACGGCAACCAGAUGCUCCUGCGGGUGCAGCGCUCGGACGCCGGCGUCUCCUUCUCCAACGCGAUUGAUUUUGCUGACACAAAAGAUAAAGUGCUGGUGUUUUUCAAGCUGCGACCUGAAGUAAUUACUGAUCAGAAUCUACAUAAUAACAUUCUGGUUUCGUCUAUGUUAGAAUCACCUAUAAAUUCUCUUUACCAAGCGGUACGGCAGGUAUUUGCCCCGGUGUUGUUAAAGGACCAGGAAUGGAACAGAAACUUUGAUCCCAAACUUCAGAAUCUUUUGAGUGAAUUAGAAACUGGGUUGGGUAUAGUUCUACGAAGAUCAGACAUUAACUCAUCAAAAUUGAAAUUUAAGGAAGAUGACACACGAGGUAUUCUUACACCAAGUGAUGAGUUCCAGUUUUGGGUAGAACAAGCUCAUCGUGGGAAUAAACAGAUUAGUAAAGAAAGAGCCAGUUAUUUUAAAGAAUUAUUUGAAACAAUUGCAAGAGAAUUUUAUAACUUGGACAGUCUAUCCUUAUUGGAAGCGGUUGACUUGGUGGAGACCACUCGGGAUGUCGUAGAUGAUGUGUGGAGACAAACAGAGCAUGACCACUACCCUGAGUCGCGAAUGUUACAUCUCUUAGACAUCAUAGGUGGUUCGUUUGGAAGGUUUGUUCAGAAAAAGCUGGGAACUUUGAAUCUGUGGGAAGACCCUUAUUAUCUCGUGAAAGACCAUCUGAAAGCUGGCGUUUCAGUUUGUGAGCAGUGGGUGGCGGCCUGUAAUCACCUGACCGGUCAGCUGUGGCAGCGCUAUGUUCCUCAUCUGUGGAAAAGUGAGAAAUACUUCCCUGAAACACUUGACAAACUUGGCAAACGCCUUGAAGAGGUUUUGGCUGUUAGAACAAUCCACGAGAAGCUUCUUUAUUUUUUACCUGCUAGUGAAGAGAAGAUCAUAUGUCUGGCUCGAGUAUUUGAACCUUUUACUGGCCUGAAUCCUGUGCAGUAUAAUCCAUAUACUGAGCCUUUAUGGAAAGCUGCAGUGUCUCAAUAUGAAAAAAUUAUUGCACCUGCGGAACAAAAGAUAGCAGGAAAGUUGAAAAAUUAUAUUUCAGAAAUUCAGGAUAGUCCACAGCAGCUUCUUCAGGCAUUUCUGAAGUAUAAAGAGUUGGUGAAGCGUCCAGCUAUAAGUAAAGAAUUGAUGUUGGAAAGAGAAACUUUAUUGGCAAGACUUAUGGACUCAGUUAAAGAUUUUCGGUUAGACUUUGAGAAUCGAUGCCGAGGAGUUCCUGGUGAAACGUCCGGACCGCUUUCUGGCAAAAACCUUUCAGAAGUUGUUAAUAAUAUAGUUUGGGUUCGCCAGUUGGAACUGAAGGUGGAUGAUACUAUCAAGAUUGCAGAGGCUCUCUUAUCUGACUUGUCAGGGUUUCGAUCUUUCCAUCGAAGUGCCGAAGAUCUGUUGGACCAGUUUAAACUGUAUGAACAGGAGCAAUUUGAUGAUUGGUCCAGGGAUAUUCAGUCUGGUUUGUCUGAUUCCAGAUCUGGUUUGUGUAUCGAGGCUAAUAGUCGAAUUAUGGAAUUGGAUCCCAACGACGGAUCAUUGAAAGUGCAUUAUUCAGAUCGGUUGGUGAUUCUUCUGAGAGAAGUUCGUCAGCUCUCUGCGCUUGGCUUUGUUAUUCCUGCCAAAAUACAGCAAGUUGCAAACAUUGCACAGAAAUUCUGCAAGCAAGCAAUUAUUCUUAAACAAGUGGCACAUUUUUACAAUUCUAUUGAUCAGCAAAUGAUUCAAAGUCAGAGACCAAUGAUGCUACAGUCUGCAUUAGCAUUUGAACAGAUAAUUAAGAAUUCAAAAGCAGGAAGUGGGGGAAAGUCACAAAUUACUUGGGAUAAUCCUAAAGAAUUAGAAGGCUACAUCCAAAAACUCCAAAAUGCUGCUCAGCGACUUGCCACUGAAAAUAGGAAACUGAGAAAAUGGCACACUACGUUUUGUGAGAAGGUGGUAGUUCUUAUGAAUGUUGACCUGCUGCGGCAACAGCAGCGCUGGAAGGACGGGUUACAGGAACUGCGAACCGGCUUGGCGAGUGUGGAAGCUCAGGGUUUCCAAGCGAGCGACAUGCGGGCGUGGAAGCAGCACUGGGACCACCAGCUGUACAAAGCUCUGGAGCACCAGUACCAGAUGGGCCUGGAGGCCCUGAAUGAGAGCCUGCCGGAGAUCAGCGUGGACCUGACCUACAAACAGGGACGGUUGCAGUUCAGGCCUCCUUUUGAAGAAAUCCGGGCUAAGUAUUACAGAGAGAUGAAGCGGUUCAUCGGCAUUCCCAAUCAGUUUAGGGGAGUGGGUGAGGCCGGAGCCGAGUCUCUCUUCUCGGUUAUGAUCGAUAGGAAUGCAAGCGGAUUUUUGACUAUUUUCAACAAAGCUGAGGAUCUGUUUCGGAGAUUAUCAGCUGUUUUACAACAACAUAAGGAAUGGAUCGUAAUUGGGCAAGUUGAUAUGGAGGCUCUAGUGGAAAAGCAUCUUUCUACUGUCCAUGAUUGGGAGAGAAAUUUUAAAGCACUGAAAAUAAAAGGGAAAGAAGUAGAACGGCUUCCAAGUGUGGUCAAGGUGGAUUGCUUAAAUAUUAAUUGUAACCCUGUGAAGACCGUGAUUGAUGAUCUCAUCCAGAAGCUAUUUGAUAUGCUUGUUCUUUCUUUGAAGAAGUCCAUCCAGGCUCACCUACAUGAAAUUGAUACAUUUGUCACUGAGGCCAUGGAAGUGUUAACAGUUAUGCCCCAGUCUGUGGAGGAGAUCGGUGAUGCAAAUUUACAAUACAGUAAGCUACAGGAACGGAAACCAGAGAUUUUGCCCUUAUUCCAAGAAGCUGAAGAUAAAAACAGACUUUUACGGACUGUGGCAGGUGGAGGUUUGGAAACAAUUAGCAAUCUGAAAGCUAAGUGGGAUAAAUUUGAGUUGAUGAUGGAAAGUCACCAACUUAUGAUUAAAGAUCAGAUCGAAGUAAUGAAAGGAAAUGUGAAGUCACGUCUUCAGAUCUAUUAUCAAGAAUUAGAAAAAUUUAAAGCUCGUUGGGACCAACUAAAGCCUGGUGAUGAUAUUAUUGAAACCGGCCAGCGAAAUGCUCUUGAUAUAAGUGCCAAGUCAAUAAAAGAGAAGAAAAUUGAGUUUGAUGAUCUUGAAGUCAUAAGGAAAAAGCUGGUUGAUGACUGCCAUCAUUUUGGACUAGAAGAGCCCAACUUCUCCCUGGCGCACAGCGUCUCCAAGGACAUCGAGAGCUGCGCGCAGGUUUGGGCGCUGUAUGAAGAGUUUCAGCGGGGGCUUCAGGACAUGGCCAGCGAGGACUGGAUCACGUUCCGGACGAAGACAUAUCUGUUGGAGGAAUUCCUGAUGACUUGGCACGACAGGUUACGGAAAGUGGAAGAACAUUCUGCCAUGACAGUGAAGCUGCAGUCGGAAGUCGACAGAUACAGAACUGUAAUACCUAUUUUGAAAUAUGUGAGAGGGGAGCAUCUUUCUCCAGAUCAUUGGCUUGACCUUUUUCGUCUACUUGGUCUUCCUCGGGGGACGAGCCUGGAGAAGUUACUGUUUGGUGAUCUCCUCAGAGUAGCUGAUAUGAUUGUUGCCAAAGCUUCAGACCUUAAAGACUUAAAUAGUCGGGCACAAGGUGAAGUUACAAUCAGAGAAGCUUUACGUGAACUUGAUCUCUGGGGAGUUGGAGCAGUGUUUACCUUGAUUGAUUAUGAAGACAGCCAAAGUCGAACUAUCAAGCUAAUUAAAGACUGGAAAGACAUAGUAAAUCAAGUUGGAGAUAACAGGUGCCUUCUUCAGUCCUUAAAGGAUUCUCCUUAUUAUAAAGGAUUUGAAGAUAAAGUGUCAAUUUGGGAGAGAAAACUGGCAGAAUUGGAUGAAUACCUACAGAAUUUAAACCACAUUCAGAGGAAGUGGGUGUAUCUGGAACCCAUCUUCGGCCGUGGAGCAUUGCCCAAAGAGCAGAUGCGCUUCAACAGAGUCGAUGAGGACUUCAGAUCAAUAAUGGCUGACAUCAAGAAAGACAGUAGGGUUACGACGUUAACGACUCAGGCGGGAAUCAGAAAUUGUCUGCUGACGAUACUUGAUCAGCUUCAGCGAUGUCAGAAAUCAUUAAACGAGUUUUUGGAGGAGAAGCGCUCAGUGUUCCCCAGGUUUUACUUCCUCGGCGAUGAUGACCUGCUGGAGGUGCUGGGCCAGUCGACUAGCCCAUUGGUGAUUCAGUCUCACCUCAGAAAGCUGUUCGCUGGUAUUAACAGUGUGUGCUUUGAUGAGGAAUCCAAGCAUAUCACUGCAAUGAAGUCUUUAGACGGAGAGGUCGUGCCUUUUAAAAACAAAGUUCUUCUCUCAAAUAAUGUAGAGACCUGGUUAAAUGAUUUAGCCUUCGAAAUGAAGCAGACUCUGAAGCAGUUGUUGAUAGAAUGUGUUACUGCGGGACGAAGUUGUCAGGGCUCAAUUGACCCGUCCGCGUUCCCUUCUCAGAUACUGUGUUUGGCAGAGCAGAUUAAAUUCACUGAAGACGUGGAAAAUGCCAUCAAGGACCACAGUCUCCAUCAGAUUGAAAGUCAGCUGGUGGCGAAGCUCGAGCACUACACUAGCGUGGACACAGGUGGUGAGGAUCCGGGGAACACCGAAUCUGGCGUUCUGGAGCUUAAACUUAAAGCACUGAUUCUGGAUAUUAUUCAUAAUAUUGACGUGGUAAAGCAGUUAAACCAAGCUCACGUUCAUACAACUGAAGACUGGGCCUGGAGAAAACAAGUCCGAUUUUAUAUGAAAAGCGACCACACGUGUUACGUGCAAAUGGUGGAUUCCGAACUUCAGUACACGUACGAGUAUCAGGGCAAUGCUCCCAAGCUGGUCUACACGCCACUGACGGACAAGUGCUACCUCACGCUCACGCAGGCCAUGAAGAUGGGCCUCGGAGGAAACCCUUACGGGCCAGCGGGAACAGGCAAAACAGAAUCAGUCAAGGCCUUAGGUGGACUUCUUGGAAGACAAGUUUUAGUUUUUAAUUGUGAUGAGGGCAUCGAUGUGAAGUCAAUGGGACGAAUUUUUGUUGGUCUAGUGAAGUGUGGGGCCUGGGGCUGUUUUGAUGAAUUCAACAGACUGGAAGAGUCCGUGUUGUCAGCCGUGUCCAUGCAGAUCCAGACAAUUCAGGAUGCUUUGAAGAAUCACAGAACUGUGUGCGAACUGCUUGGCAAGGAGGUAGAAAUAAAUUCUAAUUCUGGAAUUUUCAUCACAAUGAAUCCUGCUGGAAAAGGUUAUGGAGGAAGACAGAAGCUACCUGACAAUCUGAAACAGCUUUUCAGGCCAGUAGCCAUGUCUCGUCCAGACAAUGAACUUAUUGCAGAAGUUAUUCUGUAUUCGGAAGGCUUCAAGGAUGCCGGAGUCUUGGGCAGAAAACUGGUAGCUAUCUUCAAUCUAGCCAGGGAACUUUUGACGCCUCAGCAACAUUACGACUGGGGUCUAAGAGCCUUGAAGACCGUUCUUAGAGGAAGUGGAGGCCUUCUUAGGCAGCUGAAGAAAAGUGGCAUUAAGCAGAAUGUUGAUGAAAGUCAUAUUGUGGUACAAGCCCUGAGGCUUAAUACAAUGUCAAAGUUUACAUUUGCCGAUUGCUCGCGGUUUGAUGCGCUGAUUAAAGAUGUGUUUCCUGGGAUUGACUUUAAAGAAGUGGAAUAUGGUGAGCUGAGCUCCGCGUUACAGCGAGUCUUUGAGGAGGCCAACUAUGAAGUCAUACCGAAUCAGAUCAAGAAGGCUCUAGAGUUGUACGAACAGUUACGCCAGCGAAUGGGCGUUGUCGUCGUCGGCCCGAGCGGCGCUGGGAAGUCGACCCUGUGGCGGAUGUUGCGGGCGGCGCUGUGCAGAGUCGGCAGAGCCGUCAAGCAGUACACCAUGAAUCCCAAAGCCAUGCCGCGGCGUCAGCUGCUGGGCCAUAUUGACAUGGACACGCGGGAGUGGUCCGAUGGCAUUUUGACAAACAGCGCUCGCCAGGUGGUCCGGGAACCUCCAGAUGUGAGCUCCUGGAUAAUAUGUGAUGGUGAUAUUGACCCCGAGUGGAUCGAGUCCCUGAACUCCGUUCUGGAUGACAAUCGGCUCCUCACCAUGCCCAGCGGAGAGAGGAUUCAGUUCGGCCCAAAUGUUAACUUUGUAUUUGAAACUCACGAUUUAAGCUGUGCCUCGCCAGCCACAAUAUCUAGAAUGGGAAUGAUCUUUCUUAGUGAUGAAGAGACAGAUGUUAAUUCUCUGAUAAAAUCUUGGUUGAAGAAUCAGCCUCCUGAUUACAGGAAUAAUCUUGAAAACUGGAUUGGAGAUUACUUUGAAAAAGCUUUACAGUGGGUUCUGAAGCAGAACGACUAUGUGGUUGAAACAAGUCUAGUUGGCACUGUGAUGAACGGACUGUCACAUCUACGUGGAUGCCAAAAUCACGACCAAUUUAUUAUCAGUCUCAUACGGGGACUUGGUGGAAAUCUGAACAUGAAAUCACGUCUGGAAUUCACCAAAGAGGUUUUUAACUGGGCACGAGAGUCUCCUCCAGACCCUCACAAACCCAUGGACACCUACUAUGACUCUGGUAGAGGACGAUUAGCAUCUUAUGUGCUGAAGAAGCCAGAAAACUUGACGGCCGAUGAUUUCAGUAAUGGCCAAACUCUCCCCGUCGUUCAGAUUCCUGACAUGCAGCGAGGCCUGGAUCAUUUCAGACCGUGGUUAAGUUCUGAUACCAAACAGCCAUUUAUUCUUGUAGGACCAGAAGGAUGUGGCAAAGGGAUGCUGCUUCGGUAUGCCUUCUCCCAGCUCCGCUCCACACAGAUCGCUACGGUUCACUGCAGUGCACAGACCACGUCCCGGCACCUCCUGCAGAAGCUGAGCCAGACGUGCAUGGUGAUCAGCACCAACACGGGCCGCGUGUACAGGCCGAGGGACUGCGAGAGGCUUGUCCUCUACCUGAAGGAUAUCAACCUGCCCAAGCUGGACAAAUGGGGCACCAGCACGUUGGUGGCUUUCCUGCAGCAGGUAUUGACUUAUCAAGGAUUUUACGAUGAAAAUUUGGAAUGGGUUGGUUUAGAGAAUAUUCAGAUUGUGGCUUCUAUGUCAGCUGGAGGAAGACUGGGAAGACACAAGCUGACCACCAGGUUCACUUCCAUUGUUCGCCUUUGCGCUGUGGACUACCCAGAAAGAGAGCAGCUGCAGACUAUCUAUGGAGCCUAUUUGGAGCCUGUUCUCCACAAAAAUCUGAAGAGUCACUCUAUUUGGGGCUCUUCCUCAAAAAUCUAUCUUUUAGCAGGAUCUAUGGUCCAAGUGUAUGAACAGGUGCGGGCCAAAUUUACAGUUGAUGAUUAUAGUCACUAUUUCUUUACUCCUUGCAUCCUUACCCAGUGGGUUCUUGGCUUAUUCAGAUACGAUUUAGAAGGAGGAUCUUCAAAUCAUCCACUAGAUUAUGUAUUAGAAAUCGUGGCUUAUGAAGCACGGCGCUUAUUUCGUGACAAAAUUGUUGGUGCGAAGGAACUUCAUUUAUUUGACAGCAUUUUAACAUCGGUAUUUCAAGGAGAUUGGGGCUCCGAUGUGUUAGACAAUAUGGCAGACAGUUUCUAUGUCACAUGGGGAGCGCGACACAACUCCGGAACAAGAGCAGCCCCAGGACAGCCACUGCCUCCUCAUGGGAAACCCCUUGGAAAACUGAAUUCUGCAGACCUCAAGGAUGUUAUUAGAAAGGGCCUGAUCCAUUAUGGACGAGAUAACCAGAGUUCAGAUAUUUUACUUUUCCAAGAAGUGCUGGAGUAUAUGUCUCGGAUCGACCGAGUGCUGAGCUUCCCCGGGGGCUCCCUCCUCCUGGCCGGACGCAGUGGCGUUGGCCGGCGGACCAUCACUUCUCUGGUCAGUCAUAUGCACGGAGCCGUGCUGUUCUCUCCGAAGAUUUCCAGAGGGUAUGCACUGAAGCAGUUCAAAAAUGAUCUCAAACACGUGCUGCACCUGGCGGGGAUCGACUCCCAGCAGGUGGUCCUCCUGCUCGAGGACCACCAGUUCGUCCACCCUGCCUUUCUGGAGAUGAUCAAUAGCCUUCUGUCUUCAGGUGAAGUUCCUGGACUCUAUACCCUGGAAGAAUUAGAACCUUUGCUGUUGCCUCUCAAAGAUGAGGCUUCGCAGGAUGGCUUUUUCGGGCCGGUCUUCAAUUACUUCACAUAUAGAAUUCAACAAAACUUGCAUAUAGUCUUGAUAAUGGAUUCUGCAAAUUUAAACUUCAUCAUAAACUGUGAGAGUAACCCAGCUUUGCAUAAGAAAUGCCAGGUCUUGUGGAUGGAGGGUUGGUCCGACAGCAGCAUGAGGAAAAUACCUGAAAUGUUGUUCAGUGAAACAGAUGGUGAAGAAAAAUAUAGUGACCAAAAAAGGAAAGAAGAAAAAAAAACCUCAGGUAUUGAUCCCGAUUUUCUAAAGUCAUUUUUAUUAAUCCAUGAGUCUUGUAAAGCACACGGCGCGACACCGAGCCGGUAUAUGACCUUCCUGCGCGUGUACUCUGCCAUCAGUAGCAGCAAGAAGAACGAACUGUUGAAAAGACAGCGUCACCUGCAGGCUGGUGUGUCUAAGCUGAACGAAGCUAAAGCGCUUGUGGACGAGCUGAGCAGGCGAGCCGGGGGGCAGAGCGCGCUGCUGAGGACGAAGCAGGAGGAGGCGGACGCAGCCCUGCAGGAGAUCACCGCGUCCAUGCAGGAUGCUAGUGAGCAAAAGACAGAGCUUGAAAGACUGAAGCACAAAAUUGCCGAAGAAGUUGUUAAAAUUGAAGAAAGAAAAAACAAAAUUGACGAUGAAUUAAAAGAAGUGCAGCCUCUAGUCAAUGAAGCUAAACUCGCAGUUGGAAACAUUAAGCCAGAGUCUCUUUCAGAAAUUCGCUCACUGCGCAUGCCGCCCGAUAUCAUCAGAGAUAUUCUGGAGGGCGUUUUAAGGUUGAUGGGUAUCUUCGACACGUCUUGGGUGAGCAUGAAAAGUUUCCUUGCAAAAAGAGGUGUAAGAGAAGACAUAGCAACUUUUGAUGCACGAAAUAUUCCAAAGGAAAUAAGAGAGAGCGUUGAAGAACUUCUUUAUAAAAAUAAGGGAUCUUUUGAUUCAAAGAAUGCGAAGCGAGCCAGCACGGCGGCCGCCCCUCUGGCCGCGUGGGUUAAAGCCAACGUGCAGUACUCCCACGUCCUGGAGCGCAUCCGGCCGCUGGAGGCCGAGCAGGCGGGGCUUGAAUCAAAUUUGAAGAAAACUGAAGACAGAAAAAGGAAACUAGAGGAGCUUCUAAAUUCUGUUGGCCAGAAAGUAUCAGAACUCAAAGAGAAGUUCCAGAGCAGGACGUCCGAAGCUGCCAAACUGGAAGCUGAAGUGAGCAGAGCGCAGGAGACGAUCCAGGCUGCCCAGGUUCUCAUCAGUCAGCUCGACAGAGAGCACAAGCGCUGGAAAGCUCAGGUUGCAGAGAUAACAGAGGAAUUAGCUACUCUUCCUAAGAGAGCUCAGCUCGCGGCUGCAUUUAUCACAUAUCUUUCUGCUGCUCCUGAAGGUCUGAGGAAAACCUGCUUAGAAGAAUGGACCAAGUCAGCUUGUCUUGAAAAAUUUGACCUAAGGAGAUUUCUUUGUACUGAAAGUGAGCAGUUAAUUUGGAAAAGUGAAGGCCUGCCAUCAGAUGACCUUUCCAUAGAAAAUGCUCUUGUUAUCUUACAGAUCAUUGGUUUGGAAUCAUGGAGUCAAGUAUGCCCAUUCCUUAUAGACCCUUCUUCUCAAGCUACAGAGUGGCUAAAGACACAUUUGAAAGACUCGCGUUUGGAAGUCAUUAACCAGCAGGAUAGUAACUUUAUUACGGCUCUUGAGUUGGCAGUACGUUUUGGGAAAACCCUUAUUAUCCAAGAGAUGGAUGGUGUAGAACCCGUUCUCUAUCCUUUAUUGAGACGAGAUCUGGUUGCUCAAGGACCACGUUAUGUGGUACAAAUAGGUGACAAAAUUAUUGACUACAAUGAAGAAUUCCGACUUUUCUUGUCAACAAGAAACCCAAAUCCCUUCAUCCCACCGGACGCAGCCUCCAUUGUUACAGAGGUCAACUUCACGACCACCAGGAGUGGAUUGCGAGGACAGCUUUUGGCUUUAACUAUUCAGCAUGAGAAACCUGACUUAGAGGAGCAGAAAACAAAACUAUUACAACAGGAAGAAGAUAAGAAAAUACAGUUAGCCAAGCUUGAGGAAUCUCUUUUAGAGACCCUUGCCACAUCCCAAGGGAAUAUUUUGGACAAUAAGGAUUUGAUUGACUCUUUGAAUCAGACGAAAGCGAGCAGCGCGCUUAUUCAGGAGUCGCUGAAAGCAUCUUACAAACUCCAAGUUUCCCUUGACCAAGAGCGGGACGCCUACCUUCCCCUGGCUGACAGCGCCAGCAAGAUGUACUUCAUCAUCUCCGACUUGUCCAAAAUUAACAACAUGUACCGCUUCAGCCUGGCAGCCUUUCUGCGACUUUUCCAGCGAGCUCUGCGGAACAAGCAGGAAUCUGAAAAUACAGAACAGAGAAUCCAGUCUCUUAUCAGCUCAUUAAAACAUAUGGUCUAUGAAUAUAUAUGCCGUUGUCUAUUCAAGGCUGAUCAGUUGAUGUUUGCUUUGCAUUUUGUUCGAGGCAUGCAUCCUGAACUUUUUCAAGAAAAUGAAUGGGAUACGUUUACAGGUGUGGUUGUUGGAGACACGUUGCGGAAAGCAGACUCCCAGCAGAGGAUCCGGGAUCAGCUCCCGUCGUGGAUAGACCCGGAGCGCAGCUGGGCAGUGGCCACACUGAAGAUCGCUCUCCCCAGCCUGUACCAGACCCUCUGCUUCGACGACGUGGGUCUGUGGCGGACCUACUAUCACAACUCCAUGUGUGAGCAAGAGUUCCCAUCUAUUCUGGCAAAGAAAGUGUCCUUGUUUCAACAGGUGCUGGUGGUGCAGGCGCUGAGGCCGGACCGACUGCAGAGCGCCAUGGCUCUGUUUGCCUGCCGAGCUCUGGGGCUGAAGGAGCUGUCCCCACUCCCCCUCAAUCUCAAACGGCUCUACAGAGAGACACUGGAAAUCGAACCGAUCUUGAUAAUUAUCUCCCCGGGUGCCGAUCCGUCUCAGGAGCUCCAGGAGCUCGCCAGCGCCGAGAGGAGCGGAGAGUGCUAUCACCAGGUUGCUAUGGGUCAAGGUCAAGCUGAUUUAGCCAUUCAGAUGCUGAAAGAAUGUGCCCGAAAUGGGGACUGGCUGUGUUUGAAGAACUUACAUCUUGUGGUGUCUUGGCUGCCAGUUCUAGAAAAGGAAUUGAACACUCUUCAGCCUAAAGAUACCUUUCGCCUGUGGCUCACGGCGGAGGUCCACCCCCACUUCACCCCCAUCUUACUGCAGUCAAGUCUGAAGAUCACCUACGAGUCACCUCCAGGUUUGAAGAAGAACUUAAUGCGUACUUACGAGUCUUGGACUCCUGAGCAAAUCAACAAAAAAGAUAACAUACCUCGAGCUCACGCUCUCUUUAGUUUUGCAUGGUUUCAUGCUGCAUGUCAAGAAAGAAGAAAUUAUAUCCCGCAGGGUUGGACCAAGUUUUAUGAGUUUUCUUUAUCAGAUCUUCGGGCUGGCUACAGCAUUAUUGACAGGCUCUUUGAUGGUACCAAAGAUGUGCAGUGGGAAUUUCUACAUGGUUUACUUGAAAAUGCUAUUUAUGGUGGACGCAUAGAUAAUUAUUUUGACCUUAGAGUUCUUCAGUCAUACCUGAAACAGUUUUUUAAUUCUUCAAUAACUGAUGUUUUAAACCAAAGGAAUAAGAAAAGUGUUUUUCCGUAUUCCUUAUCUCUACCAAAAUCCUGCAGCAUUCUGGACUAUCGUGCCGUCAUUGAAAAGCUUCCGGAGGACGACAAACCGAGUUUCUUUGGUCUCCCUGCGAACAUAGCUCGUUCGUCUCAGCGUAUGAUCAGCUCUCAGGUCAUUUCUCAGCUGAGGAUCUUGGGCAGAUCAGCAACAGCUGGUUGCAAAUUUGAUAGAGAAGUCUGGUCGAACGAGCUGUCCCCUGUCCUCAAUCUCUGGAAGAAACUCAACCAGAAUUCAAACCUGAUUCAUCAGAAGGUGUCUCCUCCUAAUGAUCAACAAGGAUCUCCAAUAUUGUCAUUCAUCAUUCUGGAGCAGUUUAAUGCCAUUCGCUUAGUCCAAAGCAUUCAUCAGUCUCUUGCCGCUCUCAGCAAAGUCAUCAGAGGAACCACUUUACUGAGUUUGGAAGUACAGAAAUUGGCAAGUGCCUUAUUAAACCAAAAGUGUCCUCUUGCGUGGCAGAGCAAGUGGGAAGGCCCUGAAGAUCCCUUACAGUACCUGCGUGGUCUGGUAGCUCGAGCCCUCGCCAUCCAGAGCUGGGUAGAGAGGGCUGAGAAGCAGGCUCUUCUCUCUGACACACUCGACCUGUCAGAGCUCUUCCACCCAGACACGUUUCUCAACGCCCUUCGCCAGGAGACGGCAAGGGCGAUGGGCUGCUCCGUGGACAGCCUUAAGUUCGUAGCCUCGUGGAAGGGUCGGCUGAGAGAGGCAAAGCUGCAGAUUAAGAUGGGCGGCCUGCUGCUGGAAGGCUGCAGUUUUGACGGGAGCCGGCUCUCGGAACAUGACCACGAUUCUCCCAGCGUGUCUCCCGUUCUCCCGUGCUGUGUGGGCUGGAUUCCCCAGGGCGCAUAUGGGCCGUACUCCCCCGAUGAGUGCAUAUCUCUGCCCGUGUACACGAGCGCCGAGAGGGACCGCGUCGUAGCCAACAUCGACGUCCCAUGUGGUGGCAACCAAGACCAGUGGAUUCAGUGUGGAGCGGCUUUGUUUCUGAAAAAUCAGUAGAGUCUUAGGAUAAUAAAAGCUAUUUCAGCAAAAAGAAACAUUUGCUACUUCAACUUUAAAUCAACACGUGGUCAGUCUACAUUUAAACUGUUAGUUCAAAAACUGUCCCCUUGUCGCCCACUAUGUGUUACUGAUCUCACUGGGUUUUUAUUUUCAUGGGUCAUGACAGCACAUGCAACUUUAAAAGUAGUAAUUCAUAGGGUACAUGCUAAAAUGCUGAAUUCCCUUGAGAACAUUAAGUAUUUUUGUGAGGCAAGUUCAUGUUUCCAGUGGCUCAAAGAAUUUAAUGUUGUAGGUACGAGAUUGAAAAUAUAUCCAAGGAAUCAGUAAUUAAUUUUUGUGGCUAUUUUUUGGUAUUG